CGCAAUAUGGGAAACUGCAUUCCCACAUUGCGUUGCAAGGAUGGAAACAAAGUUAGAGAUGUCUGGUUUGAUGAGACGGCAACGGAGAAGACCAAGGAUUUACCUCGAGAGACGGUUGUGCAGAAAACUGGGACAAAGCGGUGCAUAAAGAUCACUGUCACAAAGAAGCAGCUGGAGAUGCUGCUGAAUGCAGAGGGCGUUUCCUUUAAGCUCCCAGAGACUUGUAAGAGCGGCAAGCGGAGAUGGAAGCCAUCUUUGCAGACAAUAGUAGAGGAAAAUGGAGAUUCAAGCAAGACUAAAGGAAUACAAACUCCAUUUGAUGGUCGCAAUCAUGCACCACGAUUUCUCGACAUAUUAGCUUAUUUCUGGCCUCUGUUUGCGUCAACGGCCGCCUUCUUGGCGGUGGCAAUCACCUUUGGUGGCUUCCAACAGCUUUCAGAAGAAGCUACCGGCGAGGGAAUCAUGGAAUACGUCGCCGGGCGGCCUGAUGAUUCUCACAAGUACGACUGA